CCUACAACAGUCACAUUCGUCGAUAUGCCUGAGAUCCAAGUUUUCAAGGGAACCCCCGAGGGAAAGGUCAUCGAGGCCACCCACACCAUCCGUGACAUCAAGCCCGACGAGGUCUUCAUUAAGGUCACCCACUGUGGUUUCUGCUACACCGACAUCCACUACCUCAAGGCCGGUAACGUCCUCGGUCACGAGCCCGUCGGUAUCGUCGAGGAGGUCGGUUCCGAGUGUAAGCGUCUCAAGAAGGGCGAUGUCGUUGGAUGGGGAUACCUCCACGACUCCUGUAUGGAGUGUGAGAUGUGCAUGACCGGAAGGGAGAUUCUGUGCGCGGAGAGGAAGAUGUAUGCAUACGCUGAUUUGGAUAUGGGUGGUAUGGGAUCUGGCUACAUCGGAAAGGAGAAGUACGUCUUCAAGAUCCCUAAGGGUCUUGCCCCUGCGGAUGCUGCCCCGUUGAUGUGUGCUGGUGCCACCGUUUUCGCUGCUAUCUACAACAACAACAUCAAGCCUACCGACCGUGUCGGCGUCGUCGGUAUCGGUGGUCUCGGACACUUGGCCCUCCAGUUCUUGAAGGCUUGGGGAUGUCACGUCGCUGCUUUCUCCGGCUCUGACGCCAAGAAGGCCGAGGCUGAGCACUUUGGUGCUCGCGAGUUCGUUGUUACCCGCGUUGCUGAGGACGAGGAGUUCCAGAUUGAGGAGAAGUUCGACUUUAUCCUCUCCACCGUCGCUGGACAGAUUCCUUGGGCUAAGUACAUGCGCUGCUUGAAGCCCACUGGAACUAUGAUUCCUCUCGGUCUCUCCUCCGACCCUGACAUGAUCACACCUUACUCUGACAUCAUUGUUCACGAGCUCAAGGUCUCUGGAUCUUUGGUCGCUUCUCGUCAUGUUCAGAACCUCAUGCUGGAGUUCGCUGCUCGUCACGGUAUUAAGCCCCAGAACGAGAUCAUGGAGAUGACUGCCGACAACAUCAACGACGCUGCUGAUCGUUUGCACAAGGGUGACGUUCGUUACCGUUUCGUUUUGGAGAGGAAGUAGAGCGUGAGAUCAUCCCAGGAGGAUCGAUCCAAAAAGGCAUCAGGAUAUAGAAGGAGCAAUAAUGAUACCCGGGGAGUUUACGAUAGACAAGAUAUGAUAAUACAUGCU